AUGAAUAACAAUUCGGGGGAUAUAAGCGAUUCAGCUACGGAGAGUCGUGACCAAUUCGAAAAUGGUAAUAUUAGGGGCUACGGAGAAGGUGCAAGGGGAAUUCCCAAUGAAAAUUACAAGGGUGAUAGGAAAGACAAAAGGGAAAAUGAAAAUGAGUAUGAUUGGGUUCACCAAAAUGAGGAACACCAACAAGGGGGAAAUCAAAACGAAAGAGAAGUAAAACAGCAGAGAAACGAAUAUACAAGAGCACAGUUCAUCCCUGAUUUACACGGGUUAGGUAGGGAGAGACAAGCUUUACCUUCUAAAAUACUUGAGUUGAAAAUACCAGGACAAGUAACACCUUAUCAUUUCCCUCAAGAUGAAACAUCCUCAGAUGUUGAAACAUUGUAUGAUGAAAAUGGAUUACCUAUUACUAAUUCAAAUACUAAUGAUGAAAAGGAGAAGAAAUUGUGGUCUUGGACUGACGAUGGGAAAUUAAAACUUCAAUGUUCACAACCAAUAAUUCCAGUAUCUGUUGUACAAGGUAUUCUAAGGAGAGAUAAAAUUAUUUUGAUACCACAAGUAGAAGUAACAGAUUUUGUUGUUCCCAAAAUUUAUAAUCAAAAUAUCAAACAUGAUGUACCAAAGUUAGAUAUAAAAGUAGAAUGCUCAAAUGUAGAAAUACCAAAUGUGAAAUAUGUCGAAAAGGAAAUAAUCAUUCCUAUUAUUACUGGGUAUACACAUAAAUUUAUCCCCAAAUGGGAUGUACAUGAAGUUCCUAGACCCGUAGUUAAAUAUAUUGGUGAGCAAAAAAUUGUGGAAGUAGAAGUACCAGAAAUUAAAUAUGUGGACAAAAUAGUAGAACGAGAAAUUGUAGUAGACACUGUUGAAAAAAGAGUACCCAAAAUUAUCGAAAUACCCAAAUAUGUAGAUGAAAUUAAAUAUGUAUGGAAACCUAUAGAAAAAAUUGUAUAUAUACAAAAACUAGUACCUAAAUUUGAUGUUAAUUUAGAAUGCCCUCCACCUUUAAUAGUGCCUUAUCCAGUCCAAACAAUUAAAAAAAUACCACCUGUUAUGAUCAGAAAAAAUAUUAAAUUUCCAGAUUGUGAUUAUACUGAUUUGAAUUCACCACAUGGAUCCUUGCCAAUUCCUAGAGAAUAUGUCGAUUAUUACACGAGUAGGCAGAAAAUUCAGAAAGGUCUUUUUUCAAAUUGUUGUGAUGCAAAUUGCAAGAGUACCGAAGAACCAAAUGAACUCUACGAUGUUGAAUCUCCAAAAUAUGUGAUGAUGGAUUCAGAAGAAUCACAUCUGAAUAAACUAAAUAUUUGUAAUUCCUCGAAUCCUUUUGUAAAUAAUAACCCUGGUUCCAUUUUAAGCAAGGCUUAA